AUGGACAUGCAGCUCUCGUUCGACCCGCUCCUCGACCUCGAGCAACAGUUCUACCAGCGCGGGUUCGACGCUGGGCUCCCGCACGGCGAGCUGCACGGCCUCUUCGAGGGGAGGGAACUCGGCAGGGAAAAGGCCUGGGAGCUGUGCGAGGAGGUCGGCUACUACGAGGGCAUGGCGCGACUGUGGAAGGGCAUCCUCGCAGCGCAGGGCAAGGACUCGGGCAGGGCAUCUCAAUCCCUCGACCAAAUCCUCUCCCUCGUCUUCCAAUUCCCAACCUCAAACAACUCGUCCUCCCUCUCCUCCUCCUCGGCAUCCAACGCCGACAUUGACAUCCCCGCCCUCCUCUCGUCCCUUCGGUCAAAGUACCGCACUGCUUGUGCGACUCUGGGCGUGAGGCCGAGGUUGGUUGCUGCUGGAUCGUCGAGCGCGACAGGAGGAGCUGAGCAGGCGGGAGAGGCGGAGGUGGAUCUCAAGAAGGUCGGGCUGAGCCUUUGA